UCUUAUUCCCCGAUUUAUCCCUUUACGCUACAGAUCGACGCCAGGAGCCGACAAGAUACUAGACGGGUGCGUACUUGGUCUAUUCACUAGCGUGUGCUACAGCCUGCAUUUUGCUAACGAACCUUUUUCUAAACCCCUGUCUUCCUGUAGCAAUAUGCGCUAGUAUAGAAUCAACAGCGCGUACUAGAUGGACUGUCAGGUAUAGAACAUAACACGUCACCCUUACGGUGCGCGCUUACGCUUCCUAAAGAGUAAUGGGAUCACCUCUCAGUAGAUACCCGAAAGCAAAAUUUAUCAUAUCCCGAACCAUAUCCAUAAGCCCCAUUCUACUCAAAGUAUGGGGUUUAUAGAUAGUAACUCACAGCCUGGCUCUACAUACGCUAAGUACUAGAUAAGAUUAGGGCUAGCCCUUUGCCGGAUAAGAGGCGCCAAAAGAGGGGUCCCUCUAGCUUAACAUCGUCCCUGAGCUAUAUACGUACUCCGCUACUAACUACUCACCCGAAGUGACUUCAUAGGUAACCCCGGGUACUUGUACUUGGCUUCGAUAGAUUUAGAUUAAACGUAUUUGCCCGUUAUUUCGUCAUAGAGCUUGUCGUCAAGCUAUAAUGUCAGAUCCAAAAUCUUUGAAGUCGGAAAUCCUUACUAGGGGGCCGUUGGACCCUAACGAAGCUAGAUGGACAAGACUAGUCAAAACUACCUACCGUGAUCCUACCGGUGUAGAACGAACAUGGGAGUCAGCGGAGCGGCAGACACGUCCGGCAAAUUGCGAAAUCGACGGCGUUGGAAUCGUGACUAUUCUCAACAAAUCGACAGGACCAGAGCUUCUUCUCCAGAAACAGUAUCGUCCUCCCAUCGAUAAAGUGGUAAUUGAAGUUCCGGCCGGUCUCAUUGAUGCAGGUGAGACGGUGGAAGAAUGUGCCGUGCGCGAACUCAAAGAGGAAACCGGCUAUGUGGGAGUGGCUGAACAAACAAGUACUGUGAUGUACAAUGAUCCCGGAUUUUGUAACACUAGUCUCAACAUGGUUCAUGUCCGGGUAGAUAUGUCCCUGCCGGAGAACCAAAACCCGAAGCCAGAGCUCGAAGAAAAUGAAUUCAUCGAAUGCUUCACAGUGCCGCUAGCCUCGCUAUUCAAAGAAAUGAAGAAUCUGGAGGCUGAAGGCUACGCUAUUGAUGCCCGUGUAGGAACAAUAGCGGAAGGUAUCGAAAUUGCACAGAAGUGGAAACUGUAGGUUUGAGCAGCUGAGAUCCCAAGCGUCUUUCAUGCCUCGUUUCUAGAUAAAGUUUAGCGCCGUUAGACAGGUUAAUUUGAAGCGCAUGCUGGUAUCCAUUCAAUAUUCUGCUGAAAGCCCUAUGAUGACGCGAUGACUCGGACACGAGGGGAAGGCCCCAAUCUAAGUCAUAUUCUCCCCUCCUCUUUGAGUCCUUUAUACAACGCCCACGAUGCGAGUGUCUUUCCGUCCCGCAAACCCGCUUUCCACAACUCCUUGAGAGGGACCACUUUCAACGUGAUCUUCUCCCCAUCCUGGCGUAGACCGGUCAACCUCCCCUGCAGGCUUUCGAUAUCCUUACGCGGCAUGCGCUUC